UCUUCUGAUUAUUAUAUGUAGUUAAUGAAAAGUCGUGCAUAUAAAUACAUAGAUUGGUAGCAAAAAAAGAUGUAACAAAUUUCUUUUUAUUUUAUUAUUUCAAGUGUACGUGCUUAAUUAUUCGAGAAGUUUAAUUAUUUCAUUUAUUAAUGUAAUCAAUAUUUAUUAUUGAAUAAAUUAUACGUGACAUUUUACAAUUGGACUGAAGUUGAAGUCUCGUAAAAUAAGCUGUGAUGAAGGAAAUAAGUUUAGAAAUUUGCGUGGACACAAUUGAAUCAGCAAAAAAUGCCGUGAUUGGUGGCGCCACCAGAUUGGAAAUUUGUUCGGCGUUGUCCGAAGGUGGCCUAACGCCAACCCCAGGUUUGAUAAAACGUAUUCGUGAGAUAUCACCGAUACCGAUUUAUGCGAUGAUUCGUGUUAGAGGUGGAAAUUUCGUUUACAGUCGAGAAGAGAUGGAUAUUAUGUUGGACGAUUUAAAAACUUUGAAAGAAUUAAAUGUGGACGGUUUUGUUUUUGGUGCAUUAACCAGUGAUCGACAAAUUAAUGUAUCGGAUUGUACAGAAAUCAUAAAUGCGGCGUAUCCGCUUCCGGUAACAUUUCAUCGUGCUUUCGAUGUAUUACUGGAUGAACCUUCGGUAGCCAUUGAAAUUUUAAUAAAUCUCGGUUUUAAAAGGAUACUAUCGUCGGGACGAAAAGAAACGGCCGAAAAAGGGCUCGAUCUUUUAGCAGAAAUGUGCAAAAUAGCUGAUAAGAGAAUUUCGAUAAUGCCAGGUUGCGGUAUUACACCGGAUAAUUUAAUGAAAAUUAAAUUGGGAACUGGUGCCGAUGAAUUUCACGCUUCGGCUAAAUGUAAGAAACAAUUAUGUCCGGGUUUUGAUCGACAAACUAAUUCGAUUAAGAUGGGUGUCGUGUCUGAAGAUGAUUUGAUCAUGGUUACCAAUAGUGAUUCGGUCAGACAAAUGAUUAACAUAUUGUUUAACGUUAUUCCGCAUGCGUGAUUACUUAAAAAGUAAUAUAUAUGAAAAGUAGGGUAUAUAGAAAAUGGCGGUAAUAGUGUAAUCUUCGCGACACUAUUAAAAUGCAGGAUGUACAUUCCAAAUUUGACCUAAUUGUCAGAGAAAAUCCAAUUAUUAAAUUAAAUAAUAGUAAUAUCCAAUUAUAAUAUAAAUCCAAUUAUUGAAUUAAAUA